UUGAUGAAAUGAAAAAUGUUGGGAUUACAGUCUUCUGCUUAUAUUCGUUUAGAGCUUCUAGAGUCGCAGCGAAACGAGCAAGUUCUUGUUUGAUGCGUCUUACAGGCGGUCUGCGAGAGCUGUACAAGAACGUAGAGCAGUCUCAGAGAUGUUCUCUUUCGUUGCAUGUGGAAGGCAGCUGCACUUCAAGGAAUGGGUGUUUUCUACCAGAUAAAGCUCCACUACUUGCCAGUCGCUAUCGUGUUAUUGAACUUAUAGGAAAUGGCUCAUUUGGAGUUGUCAUCCAAGCAGUGGACACAUUUCAUCCCGACCAUUGUCAUGUUGCAAUCAAAGUGUUUGAUGUAAAUAACAGUGAUUUAGCAUAUCAGGAAGCCAACUAUACUAGACUUUUGAAUCGCGCUGAUCCUCAUGACUGCGUCCACAUAAUUCGUCUCUUGGAUAUGUUCUCUUUUGAUGCACAUGUUUGUCUGGUCUAUGAGCUCAUGUCAUCAUUGCUUCUUCGCCACAAGAUUGAGAUUAUUCCCAGAACUUCUGAGUACAAGAAAAAGAAAUUGAAAAUUAUUUCUAAAAUUGCUGUUCAGAUCUUAGUGAUGCUGCAGUUCUUGUAUCGAAUGAAUGUAAUACACGCAGACUUGAAACCAGAUAACAUUCUGCUGGUGAAAUCUACUGGAAGUGGUGCUGCUUUGAAAGUUACUGAUUUUGGGAAUGCAAUCCAUUGUACACCUGCUGAGAUUGAUCCAUACUUGGAAGAAUUCAACUUGCAAAGUUUGUGGUACAGAGCCCCGGAGGUCCUGCUGGGAGUUAGUGUUUCUUUGGCAAUCGACAUGUGGUCAUUGGGAUGUAUUCUUGCUGAACUGUUUAUUGGACAGCCACUGUUCUCUGGCAGAACAAGAGAAGACAUUAUCAGUGGGAUGAUUAGUCAACUGGGUGACUUGCCUGAAAUUCCUUUUAAGGAAGGCAAAUAUUCAUCGCUUGUUGGGAAACGUUUUGCUGUGUCUACUCUUUCACAAGAAUCAAUGUGGUUUCAGACUGGUGAAAAGCUGUAUGCUAUUUUUUGUAAGAUCAACAAGUCUGGUGUGGCAGAAAGAGAAUUUGCAAGCUUUUUAGCAACGCUGCUGUGCUACUCACCAGAUCUCCGUGCUACUCCAGUCGAGGCACUGCAACAUCCUUUCUUGAAGUUAAUUCUUCCAUAUCGAUAUUUGUCAGACUUGCAUGCUGACUACCCUGUCUACAACCAAUUUGCGCAGCCUCCCCAGGAACAGACAACACUGAGAUCAAUAGAACGCUUGGGACUCUCCAGCUUGUUUCGACUCAAUUUACUUACUCCUUCAAAGAAGCCAGUUGAGCACCUUAAGCCUACAAUCAUGAGCUUGAUGUCUUCUGUAACUUCUUUACCACAUACAGAGGUGACCUCCUCAACUCCGUGUGCAACAAAAUUCUCUGUUGGCGGUGAUGUGAAGGGCAAGCCUGAUCUUGUUGAGGAUUAUGACUGUCUCCUUAGAGAUUGUGGUACUGUUGAUGGUGAUACGAAGGACAAACCUGAUCUUGUUGAGGAUUGUGAUCCUUUCUCUAGAGAUUACGAUGAUGUAUUGAUCAUUGGAUCAACGGAAACAAAUUUUACUGGGGCAAAAGCUACCAUUGCUCUGACUCAGUAUGAUGAUGGUGACCCGUUGCCAAGAAAAAGAAAAGGAAAAAGAGAAAAUGCAGUUAUUGUCUCAAGCAGAAGGAAAAUUUUAUAUGGGAAAGAUCAUCUGACAAUAGAGUAUCCUUCUGGAAUGAAGGUGGAAUCGAAUACGAAAAGGACAAUGGGAUCAGGAUUUCUUGGAGCUGUCGACCCUAGUAAUUCUGAUGAUGACCAGGUCAGUGUCAGCAGGCGUUUCCAUGAAGAAUGCGAUGUCAUCUUGUUUUGACUAAUCUAGUCUCCAUACGCUACUGAAGACUGCCUAGUUAUAAAUUACUGUAGCUUCGAAUUUCGUGCUUUAUGAUUUUAUGACUAUGUACAGACAGUGUGGUGUAGCCAGAAAAUUCUCUUUUUGAUUUUACAGCUAGACUUGUAAAGGUCAAUAUUGACGUCAACGAACACCUCCUA